UACAGCUGCUGGCAAGCAAAAGAAAACUAUAACUCCCAGAAUGCCUUGCAUUCAAACAGGAAGGGAGGGGGGAGGACAGCAAACCCAAGCAGCCCUUUGGUUUUCCGGCUGCCAGAUUGAAUCUGACUUGUCAGAAGGUUUGGAGCACAAAGGCAGGUCUUUGCUCCCAAAGUGCAGAAUGUCAUUCUUAUUCCCAUCUGGAUUAUCUCUGCCUUCAAGGGAAAGGGCUGCAGCAGAGCCAAUGCUGGGCCUGGUUACUUUUGAAGAUGUGGCUGUUUAUUUCACAGAAGAACAGGCAGGCAUUUUGGAUCCAGGCCAAAGAGCCUUGUACAGGGAUGUCAUGCUGGAGAAUUAUGGCAAUGUGGCCUCGUUGGACACUUCUCCAGUUUGCAAACCUGACCUAAUCUCCCGGCUGGAACGAGGGGAGGAUCCAUGGGUCCUCGAUUCUCAGAGUUUGGAUGAAGUGGAGGUCUCUGUUAUCCACUCCGGUCACUUCAGGAGGAAGCAUUUAUGUCUAGAGUGCGGUCAAUGCUUUACUCGAAAAUCAUCCCUCACUAGACACCAGAGAAUCCACACAGGAGAGAAACCAUACAACUGCUUGGCAUGUGGGAAAAUUUUUUCUCAACACUUUGAACUCGUGAGCCACCAAAAAGUCCACCUGGAAGAGAAACCAUAUCAGUGCUGGGAGUGCGGGAAGUGUUUUGUUUACAAAUCAAAACUCAUUGUGCAUCGGAGGGCCCACACAGGAGAGAAACCCUACAAGUGCCGGGAAUGUGAUAAAUGUUUUGCGUACAAAUCAUGCCUUGUGAGUCACCGGAGGCUGCACACAGGAGAGAAGCCCUACGAAUGUUUGGACUGUGGGAAAUGUUUUGCUCAGCAGUCAGCGUUUGUGAUUCACCAGAGGAUCCACACGGGAGAAAAACCUUAUAAAUGCACCGAGUGCUGGAAAUGUUUUCCUCAACUAUCGGACCUCGUGAACCACCGGAGGGUUCACACCGGAGAAAAGCCCUAUAACUGUUUGGAAUGUGGAAAAUCUUUUGCUCAGUGUUCAGCCCUUGUGAUACACCACAGAGUCCACAUUGGAGAGAAACCCUAUACCUGUUUGGAAUGUGGGAAAGGUUUCCCUCAGCAAUCAGAGCUUGUGAAACAUUGGAGAAUCCACACGGGAGAAAAACCCUACACGUGCUUGGAGUGUGGGAAAUGUUUCCUUCAACAAGCACACCUCAGUGGGCACCAGAGAAUCCACUCAGGUGAAAAACCUUACAGCUGUGGGGAGUGUGGGAAAAGUUUUGCUGACAAAUCGAACCUUGUGAAUCACCAGAGAAUCCACACAGGGGAGAGACCUUUUAAUUGCACUGAAUGUGGGAAAUCGUUUGGCCAAAAAUCACACCUUGUGAGGCACCAGAGAGUCCACACGGGAGAGAAACCCUAUAACUGCACAGAGUGUGGGAAAUCUUUUGGCCAAAAAUCAAAUCUUUUGAUGCAUCAGAAAGUCCAUUUGGGAUAGAACCUGAAAAUAUGCUCUUUUAAAUCUGAAAUGCCAAAUUCCUUCUUAAAGAGAUGUUUUCUCCACAUAAGAGAAGCCAUUGGCUUGGGAAUCUCCAAGACCUUAGUCUUCAUUGGGCUAAGAUGAAGGGACGGCCCAGCGUUAUUUCCCUGUGAACAUAAGGAAUGGGUAGCAACUUGCCCUACAGUGUUGCAACCAACUGGUGGUUGCUCUGUGGUGGCAGUGGUGAGGGGAAGGACAAUGUGCCCACAGACAUUGGACUGAGGCAUGCUGGGAAGUCAUGUUAUCUCCCAGGAAAAACAGCACAGCAGGAACAGCAGCACUCCUGCUAACCGGGCAAGAAGGCACCUUUCAAAGUCAUUAUUCUCUUUACAUUUAGCAGGCGGAGAGCAACUGGCUCCAUCCAACCCCAGCACAGCGUCAUAGGAACAAAGGAAGCUGCUUUACACCAAGUCAGACCCUUGAUCCAUCUAGCUCAGUUAUGGUCUACACGGACUGACAGCCACUCUCCAGGGUUUCAGGCAGAGGUCCUUCCCACCACUUCCUCAAGAAGCCAGGGGUUGAAUCUGGGACCUUCUGUGCACGCAAAGCUGAGCUUACGCCCCCAUCCCUCCAGUUGCUGGGGGUCUACUUUUUUUCUUUUUAGACUGCCAUCACUUUGGGGACAGGGAGCCUUCUUAUUAUUGUGCUAUGUAAACCACUUUGAGAACUUUGGGGGUUUUUUGGUUGAAAAGUGGUUUAUCAGUCGUGGUAGUUGUACUUAAUAGUAGUAGCUUUGGCUUAUCUAUUGGCCAGAGGACUGGCAACUGGGGGAUUUUUCUUCUCCUCGUACCAGAAAACCUGGUUCAGCUCUCUAUUUCCCUCUGGUUUGCAGAGGUGAGCGGGGGAAAUAAUCUGGCUUCAUUCACCAGUUGGAGGACCAUGGGCUGCUGGGUAGUUGUGUAUGGAUCUGUACCUGUGUUCAACAUAAUAAUCUGGCUUCAUUCACCAGUUGAAUUAAAUGAAUGAAUGAAUGAAUGAAAUAAAGUAAGUCUGGAUAGGGCUUUUAUGUGGUACAGAUCUGCACACAGGUAUACUGAACAUGCAAUGUAUGUUUGCACAUUAUGUUCAAUACUCGUAUUAGUAUACAGUGCGCACAGGUACCCUUAUGCACACAUUAUGUUGAACGCAGAUACAGCAGGACAUAUUUUUGCACCGAGUUUCACUGCACCCAGUUUCACCCAGCCUGCAUCCAGCUUCACUUUUAAAAUGAACACAGGUACAGUCAUUCACACAAAAACGUGUGCGUUUGUGUGUACAGACAUCACCAGUAUUAGAUACCAUAUCUACCUGAAGGGAAAAGGGCCUUGAAUUAAAGAUGACCUCCAGUUAAAUUACACUACUUGUGGGGGGAACCCUAGUCGGUCUUCCAGGUAAAUAGUGAAUAUCCUGCAUUUGCUGAUGCUCAAAUGAUUCAAUAAAGUAUUGAAUUCCUGUAACUCCUGUUGUGUCCUCUAUUGGCUCUCAUUCUGGUUAAAUGAGGCAGGCUAAAGCAAUUGGAUUGAUGAUACCUGCUGUCUUGGUUCUUGGACAGAUGGGAGUGGUGAGGUAAACAUAAUAUAAAAUAAAAACAAUAUAUCCCAUUCAAAAUUUUGCUCAUGCACAUGCUUAGAAAGCAUUUAUCUGCUAACCCCUGCUAACUUGGCAAAGAGGCACCUUUUAACAUGGUGGUUCUCUUUAUUUAGCAGGAGGAGAGUAACUGGCCCUAUCCACCCCCAACACAGUACCCCCAGCACAGUAGCUCCAGUGACUGUUGCUGGUGUCUAUCUUACGUUUCUUUUUAGAUUGUGUGCCCUUUGGGGACAGGGAUCCAUCUUAUUUAUUUGUUAUUUCUCUACAUAAACCGCCUGGAGCCAUUUUUGGAAGGGUGGUAUAGAAAUCGAAUACAUUAAUAAAAUUUACAAGACUCUAUAUGCACCCCAGAUAAGUUUCCAGGAUUUGGUUGGAGAAAUUUUCAUUUCCUCAUACCUUGUGGCAGCAGGGGAGGACUGCCACUGGUCUUUUAACUGCACCUUAGGAUAGGGGUUUUCAGCCAGGAGUACUUGAACCUUGGGGGUACUUCAAAGUCUUCUGCCUCCCUGAGUUGCUUGCACUGGCUCCCUCUCCAAGAGGGGAGGAGGGAGGAGUGUCAGGCAGCAUCCCUCCCUCCUUCUCUCCAUGUGACUGGCUGGGUAGGUGCUCAGAAUCAGCCUAUCCCUCCCGCAGCCUGAUAGGCUCAGCAGUAAGGGAAAUGCUGGCUGAUGCUUAGCCAAUCACAUGGACAGGAGGAGAGAGAGGUGGGGCCAAGUCAGGGGUCAAUUUUGAGAAACUUCUUAAAAAUGAGGGGACUGCUAAGAAGGAAGUUGAAAGGGAAAGUCAGGAGGGUCAAAUUGAAAAUGAGGUGGCUCCCAGUAGAGGCAUGGAACACAGCAGCAUUUGACAUCUCACUUCAGAUGCUGCAAUACCUUUGACCACCCCUGCUCCCAAGCCUUUUAAGGUUCUUAGUCUUUAACUUCCUGUUUUAAUGGUUGUGUUUAUGUUGUGCUUUAAACUGCCUUGGUAACAUUUCAUUUGAAAGGUGGUCUGUACUUGAAAUCAAUAAAUGAAAUGUGAAACAUAUAAAACUCA